AUGAGUCAUCAGGAUCAGCUGAAGAUCGCUGAAGUUGGAAACAGCGUUCAUCUGUCUUGUCAACGUUCAAUAGAACAAAAAACUACCAUCAUUUGGAUGAAACAAACGCUUGGAGAAAAACCUGUUGCAAUUGUUACAUCAUAUCAAUACCAACCUGGAAUAUUUCGGAAUAGCUUUGAUAAGAGCAGCCGCUUUGAAACACAAACAGCACCUGGCAGUUUUAAUUUGACCAUCUCCCAUUUAGAACCAUCAGACACAGCGACGUACUACUGCGCUGUCAUUUUUCUUUAUGAUAUCAGUUUUGGGGAAGGCAUCUUUCUUGAUGUCAAAGAUGCACCACUGACAAAGCACAGAGUUCACCAGCAGCCUGUAUUAGAGGCAGUUCAUCCAGGAGACUCUGUGACUCUGCAGUGUUCAGUGCUCAGUGAGAGCUGCUCAGGAGAACACAGUGUGUACUGGUUCAGACAUGGAUCAGGAGAAUCUCAUCCAGGAAUCAUUUACACUCAUGGAAACAGGAGUGAUGUGUGUAAGAAAAGCUCUGAGACUGAUUCUCCUACACAGAGCUGUGUCUACAAACUCCCCAAGAGAAACCUCAGCCUCUCUGAUGCUGGAACUUACUACUGUGCUGUGCUCAUGUGUGGAGAGAUCAUCUUUGGGAAUGGAACUAAAUUGCAUUGGAUUGAAGCAAAAGAAACACAGUUAGUGAGUGGGGUGGGCUGGUCUGCAUCAUAUAACUCCCAGUCUGAAAACAAGACCUGCUCUGGCCCUGUCCUCUAUGAUGCAUAA